AUGAUGAACGACGGCAACGUUAUUGAUGUGUCUGGAUUCUUCGUGUUCGAGGCCACCGGCGAUUCGUCGGAGGUUCAGUACGAGGAUUCGGCGGAUCACGAAUGGGGCGACGACGAUGCACAGUCGUGCAGCGGUCGUGAUUUCGGGGAGGUCGAUGAUGCCGACGAGGUUAAGCGCGUUUCCAGGUGUUUAAGCUUCGAGGAAAAUUACGAGUACGGCGAUGAUGACAUUUGCGACGCCGUAGGCGGCGGAAAUGAGACGGAGGAGGACGAUGAUAGUGAUGAAGAAGAAGAAGAAGAGGUGAAUCAAGGAUGGAUAAUGAGGGUGAAAAGGUCGAAGAAAUUGAUGAGGCCGUUGGGAGUUGUGAGGACGACAACGAGGAUUAAAUCUAAGAAAUCGAAGGUUUGUAAUUUGGAGAUGAUGAGUGAAAAGGACAGAGAUAGGCUAUUCUGGGAAGCAUGUUUAUCUUCAUCGUAA